GAUUCAACAUGAUUAUAGAGAAUGCUUUGUACUGCCAAGAAAUUCAACAUUAAAAGAAACCACUGAUAGCUAUAUGUUUAAAUAAAGAAUGCUAAGCAGCUCCUGGUUUGUGUAUUAGUUGUUUUCCAACUCAUGCUAGUCAUAAUGAAGAUUUAUAAACAAUAGACAAUGUAAGACAAAAACUUGAGGAAUAAAUAUAAACCACGAAACUCAACUACUCUAUUUGUGAAGAAGUUAUACAAAUAAUAAAUUUAAUAAAAAUGGAAACAACUAGAAUUAUCCAAAAUAUUUUAGGCAUCUAAAAAAUUUCCAAUCACGAAGAUAUUGCAAAAGUUAAAUUAAUGUUAAUUUACUCAAAACCUUCUAAAGAAAAUAACUCUAUUUCAAUAAAAACAUAAACGGAAUUAAAAAAAGUCAAAGAAAUAUUAAAUGAUUUAAAAACAGCCCUUGAAUUUUCACAAUCAAAUUUGACUGAUGGGUAACAAUAAGAAUUUUAAGAGUGCUUAAAAUUAGCCAAUUAAUUGUAUGCUUAGGGUAGGUUUGAGGAAGCAAAGCAAUAGUUUAAUUACUGCGUAUAUCUUGAUCCAACCAAUUUAUAUAGUAAAUGGAGAAUAGGUAAAAAUAGUAAUAAUUAUGAUAGGUAUGUGCUUAAAGAUGUAGGGAGUUUAUGACCAAGCCAAUGAAGUUUUUGAUAAGAUUCUUUAUGAAAAUCCAACCUUCGUAGAUGCUCUUUGCCAUAAAGCAGAUUCUCUAAGACUCUAAGGCAAAUAUUAAGAAGCCUUGAGUUAUUUUGAUAAGACCCUAUCGUUGGAUGAAAAGAAUUUUGUUGGCUUAAGUUACAAAGGCGAAACUUUAAGAAAACUGUAAAGAUAUGCUGAAUCUUUGAUAUUUUUUGAUAGGGCUUUAAUAAUUAAUCCCAAGAAUGCAAUAACUCUGUUCGGAAAAGGUAUGAUCUAAUAAUUAUAUAUGCUAGGGGAUUCAUUAAGAUGCUUAAAAAGAUAUGAUGAAUCUCUGAUUACUCUUAAUUAAGGAGAGCAAAUAGAUCCAAACAAUGCAUUGAUCCAAUAUUCUAAAGGUAUUUAAAAUACUUAUAAUUUUAUAGGGUAUUCUUUUAAAGCCAAAGGACAGACACAGGAAGCAAUGGAGUGCUUUAAGAAAUGUAUUGCUAUAAAUCCAUAGUACAAAAAUUCUGUUGAAAAAGAAUUAGAAUAGUUGAAGAAUUGA